AUGCAGACAAUGCAGUUGCUGCUCAGACAGCCUCUACGCAACGGCCUCGCUAUCAUACGGCCUCCUUGUCAGCGUUCCUUCGUCUCAUCCGUACCUCCGAAGAAGCUCUCUCUUUCCGCCCAGAACCCCGCGUCACGACAGGGAUCAAUCUGCCUUCAAUGCCGAUUUAGGACACAGUCACGCAGAUAUUCUUCUCCUUCGAAACAGGAAAAUGAAUUGCCAUCAUCAAAACCUACCCCCGAGCUUGAGAACCUACACACCAUUCCCGACACCGGUAAAGAUUUCGCCUCGGCAACUGUCAAUAACGAAGGACAAGAGGUUACAGAGUCUAUACGCUUGGAGGAGAAACAAACUUCGAAUCCAUUAGAGGAAGACAACCUUCCUUCGGAUGCGGAGAGACGCCGUUCUCAGCUCUCCAAGAAAUUUACGGAUCUUAUGGACAACAUACAGGGAAAUGUGUUCAUUGCGGGUCAAAAAUUGAACGACCUGACAGGAUAUUCAGGAAUUGAGAAGCUGAAACAGAAUAUUGAAACACAAGAGAACCAAGUACUAGAAAACCGCUCUCUUGUCCGACAAGCCAAAGAAGCAUAUUCCGCAGCCAUCAACAGUCGCUCCGCCUCCCAGCGUGAAGUCAAUGAACUUCUCCAAAGAAAACACGCCUGGUCUGCCGCAGAUCUUGAGCGCUUCACAUCUCUCUACCGUUCCGACCACGCCAACGAGGUUGCUGAAACCGAAGCACUGGAACGUCUCACAAAAGCGGAACACGAACUGGAAGAGGCAACUGCAAGACUCAAUCGCAGCAUUCUUUCUCGCUAUCAUGAAGAACAGAUUUGGUCCGAUAAGAUUCGACGGAUGAGUACAUGGGGUACAUGGGGUUUGAUGGGCGUGAAUGUCCUGUUGUUUCUCAUCUUCCAGAUCCUCGUCGAGCCGUGGCGACGACGCCGGUUAGUGAAAGGGUUUGAAGAAAAGGUCAAAGAAGCAAUUGAGACUGAGGCGGAGGCCAGUAGGACGAUUGUUGCUGGUCUUACUCGGGCCGUUGAAGCCGGAGCAGCUACUACGGCGGUAGCUUCAGCGGCUGCAGAACCGGUUGCUGAAAUGGCAGUCUCGGAAAGUAUCCUAGAAGACGUUGUAUCGGACGAACCGAACACAGUGCUCGUCGCUGCCCCAGGUGAGGUGGCGCCUGUUGACGCCAUACCCGAAGAAGGUCUUGCAGAAAGAACGUUCGCCGACCAGUUGUCUACAUACGCUUCGACUGAAUAUUGGAGAGAGGUUAUCCAAGACAUCUCCAGUGACCGUAACGUUGUCCUUACGCAGCGUGAGCUAACGAAAAUCGCCCUACAGAGUGCUACUGUUGGCGCCACGAUCAUCGGUCUCACGAUCGCGAUUUUCCGAUUGAAUUGA